ACUUUAUCAAGCAAAUUUUCUACUCAUUUUUACUAAAACUUAAUAAUAAGUUAUAUUUUAUAUAAACAGAUAAAUAAUAAUAUUUUUAUUGAUUAAACAAAAUAUAAUGAUUGAAGGAGAGAAAACAAUUGUUAGACAAUCAAUCUAAUUUCAAAAACGAACUAUGUUAUUUUUAUAUUUUUGGCUAUUAAACACUCUCUUAUUUCUAAUGUAUAUAUCUAUAAAAUAAAAUAAUUAUUAUAUAAGAAAAGGUCCGGGUAGAAACUUGACGAUGUACACGUAUUAUAUGACAUGUGUGAAUGUUAGAGAAAUCUUUGUUGACGAUGUACGAUAAACACUAUGUUUCAUCAACCAAUGACCUAGAAUUAAUUAAACAUGGGUUGACAAUUUUCAUAGUUGAAUGACACGCGUGUGUAUUAUUGCAUUUAGAUCGCCUAAUUCUAAGCUAACAUGUAGUCAACAACCAUGGGUUGAUGGUUAGUCCAAAAUUAUAGAAUUAGCAAUUGGUACAUAUUGAGUAAAUAAAAUUUUAUACCCAAAACUUUAGAAAUUUUCAAAUUAUUAGUCAAACCUUUCCAAAUACAAAAGUUAGUCAAAUAUUUUGUAUUUCAUCAAAAUAUUAACCAUUUGACUGUAGAUUUUUAAUAAUUUUGUAACUCUUCUCUUAAUUAAAAUACUAAAAUUCAGGAAUAUUGAGCAUCACGUGUCUCCUCCAACUCAUCAUCAUGUUGUUGAGUCAAUAUUACUAACAAAAAUGCUAAGUUGGAGUUAACGUUUGACUAAUGCUUUGUAUUUUGAAAGGUUUGGCUGAUAAUUUUAAAAGUUUGAAAGAUUUGACUAAUAAAUUGUAUAAGAUACUAAAUUUGAGUAUCUCGAUAAACAAAUUUUGGCAUAAGAUCCCCAACAGAGACUUAAUGAACAUUCGCAUGAAAAUUAGUCAAAAGUAGAAAAGCUGAUCAUCAUAAGUGUUACCGUGUGUGUCAAGUUUCACUUGGAAUAAGCAUAAUUUAUCAAGUAAUUAAGGAUAUACAUGGGUUCCACCCUAUAAACCACGAGGAGUUCGUUAGCUCGACAUCAAGAAGGAAUUUGCCCACAUGGCUGCUCCACUUAUCAUGUGUGUGGCUAAACGACAUAUAAUUUAAGAUCACAUAAUAGGUCGCAUUUCACCAUAAAAUAAAGAGACCUUUAACCCUUGAGAUUUUCGUAUGCCUCUGCAAUGAGACACAAGCCCUCAAUUUAUACUAAUUCCCCAUAGUCUAAAGCCCUAAUAAUAACGAAAUUUACGUAAGGUUUUCUACCUCAUAUUCAAACUAAGAUUCAUUUUACUUGGUUUCCAUGUGAAUAAGACUAGGUAGUAUAUAGACCUUGACACGAGACUAGGGGAACAAUAUCCAUGUGAAGUUUUCUCAAAUAGAAUCCACCACAACUUUACUUUGCUUGUUUGCUUUAAACGGUAGUUUCUUAAAUUUCACCACAAAGCAUUUGCUAGAUAAUAUAUAAACGGUUGAAGCAGUGGUAUAUAGACCGCCUCGAUUGAUAAUUAAAUACUUGCCCUAUUUUGCGCCCGGUCGUUGGUUAUACUUGACCAUCGAUUGGGGAUUGUAGUUAGGUUUUAGUCAAUAUGUCAUCAAAUACAUCCUUAAUUCGUUCCUCGAAGAGAAUAUUGUCAUAUAAGGGUGCUUUAGAUGAUACAAAUGUGUUAGGUAAAAAAAAGGGGGGUCACAAGUGUAGGACUAUGUGCAAAUAUAAGAGAUCACGGCUAGAGCAAGGAGAACACGGCCAGGAAGCUAUGGCACAAAGAUGCGCAUCGAGAUUGCGGCCGCAGAGAUUGGAGCUUUGGACGUGAACUUGAAGAUGCAGCCAACUAGGGAGGACCAGAGAGUUUUGAAAUUCAACUCACGGCUCUCAUUUUCCAUGCCCGCGAUAAAAAUCAUGGCCGUGACAUUUUGGAUUGUGACCAUGAAGCCAGGCCACAAACUUCCCAUUCAGCAAGACGUAAAAGGAAAAACUGAGUUCGCGACCUCUCCUCCAAAUUUCACUCCCCUGAUCUUCUCCUAUCCAGCCGUGAACUUGCCCAACGGACAUAACUCUAUCAAUAGGGGGUCCUUGCCCCUUCAUUAAUGAGCUGAAAUCACUUGGAGAAAUCCUUGUUUCAAGACAGAAGUUAGAGAGAAAGAUGAAGGUAGGAGUACCCAAGAAGCAAGGGAGCUCUCCUAACUCAAGGUUUCUUCUAAUUCUUCUUAUGUGUCUUAUUCCCCCCUUUAUGGAGUAGUACCCUAAGGCACUAGGGGUUUAAUCUCCAAACCGUAGAUUUAGGUUUUAGAAGGUAGAAGGUAUUUUGUUAAGGCUUGUGUAAGAAACUUGUUUAUCUAAUGAUUAUAUGUUUUUAUCUAUGUUUGUCUAGGGUCUAAAUGAGAUGGUAUGGAAUUGACUUGUUUGGCAUGAUUGAGUAGGUGAAUGAUUAAGAAAAAUGAUUAUUGGACGAGGUGACCAUCUCCUGCCAAUCGGGUGAUCCUCCUAGGUAAUGCUAAGGUGUUGCGUGCGUGACCAUCGACAUGUCAAACUAGAGUGCAGAUGGGAACUCAAGGCCUCAAAAUGAGGGGUAGAAUCAACGUACAAAAAACCUUAUCGGGCUUGAAUUGACUCUUUGAAACAUGAAUAGUCAGUCAUAAGGUAAUAACUCCAAAUCUUUGUUCUUCGUCUUAUGGGAAGGAUUAAGGUGUCUCUUCAAAUUGAGAGUGCAGGUAACACAAAAUUCCUUAAGAAUGAAACAAGAAGAUUAUUCUAUAUUUCAAGGGGGAAUAUACGCAUACCUUGAACAGUUUUAGGUGAACUCUCAACUCCAUCCACUUCUUAAAGACCAAAUCCUGCCAUUGAUUGAUUUAUCUCUUCAAAAGUCUUACUAUUUAUGUUUGGUUGUCAACGGUAAUUAGAAAUUUAAAAGCAUUCGUUAACCUUAACAGGAAUGAGGAUACAUAGAUUGAUCUAUUUUACAGUGUGAAUUGCCACCAUCUCUCUGCUUCUUUAUUUAUUUGGUUUGUUUUGCUUUUGUAUGUGACGAACUAGGGUGGAUCAAGCGGGAGGCAAUGCUUCCUGCAGUUAGAAGGUGAUUCCGCUUCUUAUUCUUCUUCUCUGUAGUUUGUGACUUUGUCGCUAACUUCGUUGAUGGUUUAUAGUCCAUGACAUGUGCUUCUGUUGCUGGUUUUCUAUCCAUAUUUCCUCCAAUUUUUGUCCACAAAGACUCCAAAAUGAUUUUAAAUCGGUAUCUUACAUUUCUAUUUCUUCUUCUAUUCUGUCCAGAUGUUCUGUAAUAUGCUUAAUUGGUAUGUUGUGUCUUCAGGAUAGAGGUUUGCCUGGGCUUUUGGGAGAGUUCCUCUAAUGUCACUUUAUUUUGAUCUUUAAAUUAAAUGGCAUACCUGUUUUGCUUAGAGAUUCUUAAGGGGUUAGCUAAUUGAUGAACAUCACGUACCUGUUUUGCUUGGAUAUGCUUUUCCUCUCUCACCUGAAUUCUUUUAUUGAGUUUGAUUUUGCUUCUACUUUUUCAGUUUUAUUAGUUUCCAAUUCUUCCUUUAAUCCACACCCCCAGCUUUCUUUGUUUCUCUGCGUGUACUUCAACAAAUAUGUAUCUAAUCCAUUCACCUGCUAAUUUUACACUUCCUUUAUUUUAUGUGCUUGAUUUGUUGACCAUAAGUAUCCUAUUUUUUUAAUUACUUUUGUCAGGCUUAGUUGCCUAUUUUACUUCAUAAAGAUUUACUUUAAUAAACUAGCAGCAUGUUUCUACCUUGCUUCUUUUGUGUUUUCUACUCAUGUUAUUCAUACAGCUGUUCAACAAUGACUUUUUUUUGUACGGUGAAUUUUCAAUAACCAAGAGAAAAUUAUGAAAGGCUCUUGAUCAUCAUACUAGAACAACUUGGGGAUUGCAAGACAAAAUACGAAUAAUCUGAGAAGGGAACA